CGGGCGAGAUUCUGAUGGUACGGCCUUCUAAAAACUUAUCGGUAUUUGUUAGUGGACACUUGGGGCCUGCGAUAUCUAUGGAUGUACCUACCCGGGGGGAUUUACUUGAGGUGGACCCCUAGUUGCGUUAGUUGUGGGCCUGGUUAGAAGGCAGGUGCCUGAAGUAACAGCCCGUUGAACCUUAACGGAACUUAGAGUCAGUCUUAAGACAGAAUAUGGUCUUAUAAAUACUCGUUACCAAACUCUAAAGCACGUAAUUCAUAAAAAAAUACAAACCACUUGACGAUAUCGCGAUUCAAACCUUACAACAUACCAAAAGAGUGUUCGUAUGCGUUCGUACCGAAUAUGUAUUGGUUAAUUCCAGUGUUUCGGAGCUCCUAAAUGACCUAACUAUUGCCAUAUCUGAUUGGAAGCGAUCGAUUGGAAGUGCUACUACACAGAUCCCACUCCGGCCGGCUCGGAGCCAUUGGCCGAACUUGGUUCCUCCAAGGCCAUGGCAUCGCCAGGCGCAACCGCCGUUCCAGCACCUACGGCGUUCGAUAAUUCAAGUGUCUGGCACAAUAUAACAUCUUGGACCGUUCAACAUCUUAGGUAUUCCGUUAAUAACGUCUCGAGAUACGCGCCGUCGCUCGAAGAUCUGAUUCUAGCUGGACCUAGGAUGCUGACCAAGCUGGGCAUCCUGUCAUUCCCCGAUGCUGUUGAUGGCUUUGGACAACGAGUAAUAGCUGAUCCGACUGCUUCUGAUUAUUUCCUCAGUACGACGACAUCGACGAUGGCAUCCGAAAUGCUUACCCAGGUUUCCGAGGCCGCCGCGAAUGCCGCGAACGUAUUGGAAAAUGAAGACCAAGACCCCGCGGCGUUGGUCUCCAAAUUCUCGACCGACGGAGCUAAGGGCUUAGGAAGUGUAUUUAGCUACGCGACAAGUAAAUGGGCGCUUUGUUGUAUUGCUAUGGCUAUCAUCCUCAACCGUACACACAUAUUCGCGGCCUCACGAAGAAGACUAUACCUGACAUGGCCCGUGCGAUUAUUUCUACGCUUCCUUCCGAUCCUUUUGUUCGCGUUCCAAGCGCGACAACUCCUACAAUCCAUCCAAUGCCAAACCUCGCCCGACUUCGCCGAAUUGCGCUGGGGUAAUGCUAGCAAAACAUCCGAUCUCAUGUUCGCCCAACCAUCCGGGUACCUGCAUGGGCUAAGCACUGUGUUACUCAUGGGCGCCACCGAUUACGAUAGCUGCCGCGCGAUCGAAAUGAUACCACCAAGCAACCACGAUUAUUCAAACGAACUACGCGGUUCCUUAUCACAACUAUGGCCCCUUUUCGGGACAUUAUGUUUAAGCCAUUUUCUGGAGACAAUUUCAUGCGCAGUACAAGGACGUCAAGUGGCGGUUGAAACUGGAAUGACACUAUUUGAGCAUUCAUUAGCGUUCGCUGAAGCCGACGCUGCCAUUAGCAACCAGCUCGGCUGGGGCUUGUUUUCUAGUGGCAGUACCACUAACGUGACAUAUCAACAUGCUUCAGGUAGCAAUAUCGCCGUCUCCAGAUCCAUGAUUCUGAAGCGAGUGAAUACUCCUCCCGAAGUAUUACUGGUGGCCUUCCUUUCUGCUAUGAGUCACAUUACCAGCCAUGUCCUGGGAGUAUUCAACUUGCAGAGCAAAUUUCGACUGAUUAGUACGGGCUUCUGGGCUAUGUGUUUUAUGGGAAGCAUUGUGAUAGAAGCUCUUGACUUUUCACUCGAGAGUCCAACGAAUGUCGGCCUAUUUAGGUUUCCUACUGUCUGCAUCAUAGGUUUCAUCCCUCACCUCUUGGUAUUCGCCGGCACCCUUGUGUGUUUCGCGAUAUACGCUAUUGCUUUAGUCUUGUCCGCAUUGGAACCUCCGGAUGGAUGGAACGCUUCCGGCCGACAACUAUCAUUCCGAGAACGAUUAGCAUUGGCGCAUGAAAACAUGCAAGCCAACAUCUCACUUUCCGAUAUCCGUAUAUCGCGAGAAAUGGAUUUUUAUACGGCCUUGCUAAGGACCGGGUUCGGGGUGAUUACAAUGGCAAGUGAAGCCGUCUAUUUGAAUGAAGAUCGGGGCAUCAAUGUGAAAAAUCGCACAUGGCUUGAAGAAGAGAGACUUAGGGAGCUUGAAUCUCUACGAAUGCAAUGGGCUGGUUCUGGACUUGGUGUUUCCCGCUACGAUUCCGGAGGAGCUAUAGGGUUAAUACCUAUAAAGGACGGGCAGCUCGGGGCGUCGAGCGGGUACGCAAGAGAACGAGCAGCGCAGAAAAUACCUAAGACGCGCAUAGGGGAGAAGCGAGCUCGAGAUGGCGUUGGAGCUACGGAGCGCAGCUCCCGUUGGCUUCUGGCCUUGGAGUUUAUCAUGAAUAUUAACAAGCUCCUACUGAGAUGGGGUGCUGUGCUUGCUCUAAAGACACUUGCGCGUGUCGGGGUAAGAACCCAGCCUCGAGUUCUGCUUUGGCUCUCUCGCUGGCCCAAGCAGGACAAGAAAGACGAGAAGCAGUCUCCCACCGAAAGGCGAUCCUUAUUACCCGGCCGAGGUGGUAGGGGUACCAGACUCUAUUACGAGGAAACCGCUGAUGUGGAAGCUGAGGUGCGAAGACGCCUUAAGAGAUCUCCUGAUACCGCCAAUCUACCAGAUGAAGAAAUAGAUUCGAGGUUAUACACCUCGUGGAAAAAAGGCGAUCUAUGGGGAAAUGUUGACACGAGUGGAGAUUGGGAGCCGCGUGAAGACGACGAUAACUGGGAUACGACCAGCAUGAUCCAUAGUGUCAUUGGAGAUGGCGACGAUGAGCAAAGCCAGUGGAUUGAUGAAGAUGACUUUGACGACGGCCAGAGAACACCUACGCAAGCCUCGCGACAGGUUGCGAUGUCACGGGAAGCGACUCCUUUCGAUCAACCCUUGGCUAUGGAUGACCUAGCGAGGUUACUACACCCCACGAGUCCCGAAGAGCGCCGGGAAGCACAUGCACUCGCUGCCCAUCUCACGAGCGACCGCAUUAUCACACGGUCCCAGUAUGCGCGAAUGCAGCAAAACCAACGUGGGCGCCUCUUAUUACCGGGCCAGCCCGGCAGAGGUAAGCUCUCGGAUGAAGAAGAGGCCGAUCUCCUUGAGGACCUGAUCGUUACGCGGCGUACCGAAGCAGCCCGCGCGCAGAACCUUGCUGAUGAUAACGAAGAUGACGGACGGGAUGGACCGCAAUGUGUCGUAUGCCAUUCGGCUCCUCGCAAAGUCAUCGUAUGGCCUUGUCGCUGUCUAAGUUUAUGCGACGAGUGCCGUGUUACGCUAGCUAUGAACAACUUCGACAAGUGCGUCUGCUGUCGCAGAGAAGUGGUUAGCUUCAGUCGCAUCUAUGUACCUUGAUCGAUGUUACCAACCGCAUCACCCCCCAUCCCCAUCCCCCUUUUCACUGUACACACUUCAACUGUGUUUAUUCUACACGUGGGGGACUACUCCUUUUUUGCUUUCACCGGCAUCUGUCAUCCGUUAGCACUGAUGAGCAUUCUUUGCGCAUAAGAUGAAACGAACGAGAUGAGACGAGGAGAGUUGAUACAUUAGUACUGGCGUUGGAGGAGCAUGUUUUUAUUUGAUGUUUUUGUUUUGCAAUUGCGUGUUAGCGCUCAAAUCACACAUCCUGCGUGGCAUUCGUCUCUG